GCAUAAUCGCCGGAUGAAUCUGGUUGUUGUAAUCAGCAGCGAAACGGCGUGAACUCAAAUUGUGAAUGUUGUGGGUUUACUCAUUGACACGUUUUGUUCACGUGACGAACCUCACUUAUUGACUGUGUCGGGUGGUCGUUGGUUAACGACACAUUUAUAUUUACGCGUUCUAAGCCAAACCUCCCCCCCCCCUUUAUUAUGAGGAAAGGAAUGUAUUGACGUUUCGACCAUCCGGCCUUGCGAAGGAAAACAUGGAGGUUCACGGGGUGAGCAUCGCACGUAGGUUCAGUGGGCGAUGCUGCGCUGUGAGCAGUGGCCUCGCGAUGAUGAAGGUACCCACGACAACUCCUGCGAUAGACACACGCGCUGAGGAUGGGUGCUAAACUCGACUCCACGGGCAGCGGACGACAUUGUUUGAAUGAAACUAUAAAUGACAUGAAUGUUGAAAUUGUUGAGCGUAGUUGUGCUUCGUGUGGCGCUGCUUGAACCGAUUCAAUUGAGAAAAGUUUUCCGCGUGGGACGCUCGUUGCAGCGGCAUUUGUUAUCCAUGAAGGGCCAUUUGUUAAGUUUUCAUCAUCGCAAACUUUAUCCAAACGGGAGUUCCCUUCCUUGCCGUUGGUGCUCCAGUGCUACACAUCAAAAGAUGCCGGGGCCAUUUCUGUUGCUAACUGUGGAAAGCCAGAAAAACAACAACAAGGGCCACGUACGUGCGUGGGCCAACCGCAAUGGCACACUCGUCGAGGGAGAAGAGCUGCAGCUGAGCUGCCACGUGGACCACACGGACGGCUCGCCCAUCCAGUGGUCCAACCCGGCGCAGCAAACUCUCUUCUUUGAGAACAAGAAAGCCUUGAAGGACGUGCGCAUCGAGCUGGUGCGGCACACGCACCGCGAGCUGCACAUCUCCGUUUCUAACGUGACGCUCUCGGACGAGGGCGACUACACGUGCGCGCUCUUCACUCGGCCAAUCCGCCUCGCCUCCACCUACGUCACGAUCCUCGUGCCCCCGAAGCAGCCGGUGAUGUCGAGCAUCCAGGGGCCGAUCGAGCAGGGCGACCGGGUCCGCCUGACAUGCCGGACGCGAGGCAGUAAGCCCGUGGCGAACAUCCGAUGGUUUCGUGGAAACAAAGAGAUCGAAGCGGGCGAAACGACGUGGGAGGUGGAGGAGAACGGCCGCACGAGUUCGCUCGUGAGCCACGUGGAGUUUUUGGCCGCCCCCGAGGACGAUGGGGCGCCGGUCACGUGCCAGGUGGAGCACCCGGCCCUGCGGGGUGGCCCACCCCUCCGCUCGCACCGCACCCUCGAAGUUCUGUACAAACCCAUCAUCAACAUCAUCGCUUCCAGCAGAAGCGUCCGCGAGGGAGACAAACUGGAGUUGAUCUGCAACGCCACGAGCAAGCCCAGCCCCGAGCGGGUGCAGUGGGUGCGCGUCGACGGCGAGAUGCCCGAGCGCGCCAACGUAUCGGGCACCAAGCUGCUGUUGGCCGCGCUCAACAAGACGGACAACGGCACGUACCGCUGCGAGGCGAGCAACCGCGUGGGCUCCUCCACCGACGAGUACACCCUCGUCGUGCAAGAUCACCCCAAUACAAUCCAUCCCACCGCCAGCUCCCCUGCAGCAAAGCCGACACGUGCAGAUAUGGUGCCACUGGCGGCGCGCGGGGCGGACCACGCGGUGGUGGGCGGCGUCGUGGCGGUGGCGGUGUUCGCCACUCUCUGCCUGCUCGUCAUCCUGGGACGCUACCUGGCCAGGCAUAAAGGAACGUACCUGACCAACGAGGCGAAGGGUGCCGAGGGGACUCAAGAGGCGGACACUCCAAUCGUGGGAGCGGACGGCGCGCAGAACAACACGGAGGAGAAGAAGGAGUACUUCAUUUGACCUUGCGGGAAAGAAAAAAAAAUCGCAUAAAUAAAACCACAACAGAGGGGGCUGAAAAUUGAUGCCAAGGCCCCCCCCCCCGGAACAAGGGGUUGGUGCCGGUGUUGCGAGCGUCCGCUGUUUAGGAUGAGCGUGGUCAUUAAUUUUCAGUUGCCCCCGUUAAAUCUGAAGGAGCCAAAAGUGUUCGUGCCCGCGUUGUUGUUUUCACACCGUUUGGAGUGGCAUUACGAUUGGGAUACCUUCUCACUCCGUCGCGGCUCUGAGGGAAACAUACAAUAAGUCUGAAAAUAUUUUUUUUGAAAUUUAUGACUGUGGUUAAACAAAAUAAAUGUGUGUACGCCGCCUAUUUUCCAUUUCCUAAAAUGUACCACCCAAAAGUAGAUGAGUUCUCAUCACACCGUAAAGUUUGUUACUUGUAUAAAAUGAAUCACAUUGGCGUUCAAUGUGUGGCACGUGAAAUCCCCCCCCCCCUCUGCACAACAUCUUGAAAACCCCUCCGGAUCUUGCGUUAGUAGCUCUUGAUGCUCACACACGGGGUAUAGUAUUCACACUCAUCCUCUUCAUCUAAAUGACUUUGCACAGGUAGAGCAUGCGAAUUAGCGGGAGGUGGAAAUGAAUUUUGAAACGGGCAUCACCUAGUUACUGGGAAACUUGAAGAAACGUGUAAAAAGAAUCCUCUCAAAAGACAUGUCUUUUAAAUGACCGAUGUAAUUGCUGCAUACAAUUACAAAUCGACCUUGAGUCAUUUUGAAUCCAUUGGUUAAUUGUUCAACACAUUUUUUUUCGUGCACGUGCUGAUAAUUGGAUGUUGUAUAUUUGGCUAAGCGGUUAAAUGUCUAAUCAUCGCGUUUAACGGGCAAACGUUAGUUUAAAUUUUUUUUAGAUGUUUAAUGAGGACAAACAAUUACAACUUAAAAUUAGAGUCAAACGUUGCUCGUGUAAAUGUUUGCCCUGCGGUGUAUCGAAAUCUGGGGAACCAUCUGGAGUUCUGGUGGUGUAUGGUGGUAGGGAAGAUACACAGUCCAGGCCAUUCAUCUGCACAGCAUACAGCGCGCGUGUGCGUAGACACUUCAGUAUUGAGGGCAUGCAAUUGCUGUCAACUAAACCAUUGCUAUGUGUGUGAUUGACUCAUCGCCUGUUGCAUUUGUGAAUCACAAAUACUUUCUUGAAAUAUAGAAAAAAUAUUUAAAAAAAACGGCAUGCGUGACAUGCGGGGGGUCCGUAAAAGUUUCAACGAUUAUAAAAAAUAAUUAUAAUUAGACAGCAGUUGGAAAGCGUGUGAAUUAAAUGUCAGAGUUGUGAGAAAGGUAGAAUAGUGGUUUGCCAAAUUUACAACAGAAGCAUUCUAAAUAAUCCCACUUGAGAUGGACUCUCUCAAAUCUGGAUUCGAUGUGCAUCGCCAAUACACGUGGACACACGUGUGGAUGGUAAUUUGAGGGAUGCAUUUCGUACAAUGAAACGUUUGUAUGGGGCGCCACAGUGGCGAGAUGUUAACUACCUUGCCUGGUAUACAGAAGGUCGUGUGUUCCAUCCCGACCCUGACGCCUGCUGUAUAUUUGGAGUUUUCAUGUGUUCCCCGUGUUUCUGUGGAUUUUUCUCCGAGUCCCCUGUUUUUUUCCCUCCACGUUUAGAAUCAACAUGCAUUUCGAAUAUUUGGCUACUUUAAAUUCCCACAUGAUGACAAGCCACGUCGUUGUGCUAUCAUUUGUGGCCAGGUUGCUUCUAAAAAAAGAGCGAUAUAGUUCAGUGGGCCUUACCUGGUCAAAUAAAAUAAAAUACUUUUGUUUUUUAGUGGUAUAUAUGUAUGUUGAACUUCUUUUGCACCGUACGUAGCCAACCCGUGCUAAUCGGAGGUGCGUGAUUUGAAUCGGCUGGUAAAGUCGUCAUCGUCAGCAACUGCUUGCCCAAGCCACCCGCCCCACCUGACGAUCCUGCGAUGUAUUAGUCCGCAUCGUUCCCGCACUUGAACUGCAUUCAUCUCAUUCAGUGGACAGCCUCUCAGACGAUUCCAUUCCUCGGGCUGCCACUCGUCGGGCUAAAACUGCUGUCUAGUUAAAACCCUUUAAUAACGGACGGUAACUUGCGGACACGUUGUUGGGUAGUGCGCGUUUCUUCACCUCGUGUUUUUAUUCGUCAUUAGUUUUAUGCAAAUUCACUGCUGUUUCUCUAAAAAUAAUUCCGUAAUGAUGACAAUGCUCAGUACCCUGCUGGCAGACCACAUGUCACAAGUGGAAUCGCGGUCUGUGUUGAACUGGUGAACAUUUCAAAAUUUGGAGGUCAUUUUGGCAGUUUGGUGUCAUCGUGGUGAGUUGGUAAAACUUCUUUAAAAAUGAUACAUCCCGUGUCUUGAAAAAUGAUAAGAGCAACGAUGUGUGAAUAUGAAACAAGGAUGAUGGAGGAAAUGGAAUAUAUCAGAUUACACAUUAAUGCAAAGCGGCCUGAAGAGUUUGGAAACUUUAAAUGAAAAAAAUGAAAACUCCUAACACACUCGUCUAGUACUGUAGCGAUUUAAUUUGCAAUAUACACGCGGCAGUGAUACGUUCGUGAAUGUAACUUGUACACUUGUAAAAUGAUGGGCGGAAAAACACAAACACCACAUUGUGCUAAUGGAAUCAUAAGCACCACCAUUUGUAGAACGCACUCUCCUUGUGUGUGCGAUUGUUUGGUGUUCCCGUGAAGGAGUGGGCAUUGCAUAACGCUUCGCUGGGUGUGGCACUUCUAUUUCACGAUGGUUAUUACACAAUGCGAGUAGAAGGUUUUUAGAAAGAAAAAAAAUAGUACAACGCAUUGUUAAUAGAACUGAAAGUGAGCAUAAUAGCGGCGUGCGUCGCAUAUUUGGGAUCUUGCUUUGUUGAUCCCAGUUGAAAUUGAUGCCGGCUGCCAUAUGAGCUAGUAACACGCAGAAUCACGAUAUUUAUUUAUGCUGCAGGAGGAAUCCGAUAAGCUGCAAAGCUCUUUUUCUCACAGGUGUCCAGUCGGGGCGGGUAAGAACGUUGCAACAACAAACAAUGCAAAACAAAACACGAUAGGAGUGCAGAGAACGGGAAAGGAAAAGAAAUCACCUGAAAAACAUACACAGUUUCCCAACACGCAUACAAACACAAUUACGCAUGAUGCAUACACCGUGUCACAUACAUAUGUGCACAUUGAAACAAUAUAUACAGUUUAGACAAUAUACACAUGCACAAGAUAUAAUGUGUAUAUGCACAGCAUUUAAAUACGGUUUACAAACCCAUGACAUUUUACCUAAAAACAUAUUCUUUGGAACACAAAAUUUAUCAACCGUGUGUCCUUGAUUUGUUUUAGUAAUUUAUAUUUUGCAUACAUUUCUGAGAUAUGCACAGCUUGGAUAACAAUUACAGCCGUAUACCCCUAAUGUUUAUAAGCGGAACAAACAAGAAAACAGAAUACAAUUUCUAUAGUUUGUGCAAAUAUUGUUGGCUUCCCUAAAACAAUGUCUGUGUUUGUUUUUUUAGCGUGGUGCGUGGGGGCACCCUUAGGCAGACACCGCUUGCGACGUCUUGUGCAUUGCCUUGCCGUACACGUUUUGCCACGUUACUCUGUGUGCGCUGUAGGUGUGUACAGUACUUGUAUCGCGUAAUAUUACAAAACGUAUUCACAUUUGACCGACGGACGGAAACAGUUGAUCAAAAAUGAUCAAAACAUUUCUUUGGAGAGAGAGAGGACGGGGGGGGGGGGGUCCGAGCUUUGUUCGGGGGUAAUGCGCGCGGUAUUUAAUAUUACCCUGUUUUCUGUGCAAAUUACAUUAUUGGUUUACGGAUAAUACGACCCCCCGCUCCCCCCCCCACCCCCCUGUGUUAUCGCUGGACCUAUAUAAAUAUAUUACCGGAAGUUUAUAUAUAUAAGUCUAUAUCGUGAACACUGAACCCCCCGGUUUGCGUUUCCCCGUAACAAGAUGAGAAAAAACCCGGCUCGCGUGAAUAUCCGUGCGUGUUUGCUGUGUGAAGGGACGCAAUCUGGCCCUGCGGAUUGCCUUCGGUGUGAAGAGUUCCAGUUCGAGGCAAUGCGUUGGUUGUGUUUUUUUUUGUUUGGACCGCGUCCUCUCUAUAUCUAUGUAGCGUUAAGCAGGUUCUUUUUUUUGCACUUCGAAAAACCAGGCCACACUGCGUGAAUUCACUGCUCAUUUCGUUCUUGCAUCGCCCCCCCCCCUCCUUUGGCGAGUCUUGAACGGAGGAGAAACAAGACGAGCGAGCGGUCGGUCACGGGAAACUUGGAAUGGGUAUUUUUGGUUGUGUUUUUUUAUUAUUACUUUACGUAGCUGCCCGUCCACCGUAUUUUUACUCAAUAAAUCAAGGCUAACA